AAAGAAAACGAUGGCUCGUAAAUACAGCAGGAAAGAAUAUCUGUCUGUAAAAGACCUGCAGAAAGUUUUAAACUCGUGUAAGUUAGAGCUACACCAAAUCGAUGAGGUCUGGCCAAACAUUUACAUCGGCAACGUAGGAAUAGCUCAGAACAGAAGUGCCCUGCAGAAACUUGGCAUCACUCAUAUUCUGAACGCUGCCCACUCCAAAAGAGGAAGCAUUGGGGACCAAAACUACUAUGGCACCAAUUUUGUGUACUGCGGUAUCCCUGCUGAAGACUCCACAUACUUUGACUUGGACGUUUAUUUCAAGCCAGCAGCAGAUUUCAUUCACAAAGCCCUUCAUGCUCCUGAUGGGAAGGUUCUGGUGCAUUGCAUCAUGGGAAUGAGCCGCUCCUCGACGCUGGUGCUGGCAUACCUGAUGCUUUAUCACGAUAUGCCUUUAUACAAAGCUUUACAGCGUGUCAUCCAGAAACGAGCCAUAUAUCCCAACAAAAACUUCUUGGCAUUGCUGUUGGACCUGGACCUACAGAGGAAGAGGAAGCACAGAACAUGUGUCCUGCUGUGAGGAAACAAAAACACUGCUGCUUUAAAUGAUGAACUAUCAUAAUAUAUUUAAAAGAGAGUUAUGAAAAGUGGAUUUCUGGACCAAUAAGAUUUCAGCGUGCUACCUAACACAACCAUGGAGAAACCAAACAAGUGUCAUGUCUGUGCCACUGGCAUGUUUGAUUUUUGGGUAUGAUACAGAGUAAAACUAAGAUUUUUGCUUAAGAUAGACAAUAAAACAAUUUUAUAAAUCUCAGAGGAGCAAUUUAAUACAUUAACACUUAGUAAGAAAUGUUUAUCUCCUUACACUCACACAAUAACAGAUACACAACUCUACCUCUCCAACGAUGUACAGAUUACACUGAAUACAACACAACAUAUAAAUGGACCAAAACACUAACACAUGUAUGUGAAACAAUAAUGUACAUUGAAUAAUAUGUUACAAACUUUAAAAAUUCAAAAUAAAUGCUUUAAAUUGA